AUGGCAGCAGCCUCAUCUCAACAUCCUGCUUCCGAAGAUGUUGUUGCACAUGUUCCUGAAAAUGCUGUUGCACCUACUUUCUCAGACAAUGCCCCUCAGAGUGUUGUUGAGGAUGCUGCUCCUUAUCAAGAUGAAGAAAUGCCAGAUUUUUCUGGGAUGUCCUGUGCUGAGCAUGUAGAUAUCCCCACUGUUGAUGCCCAGGACUUUGCCACCACAGUAGAAACCUCACUUCCUACACCCUCAGCUCCAAAUGAAGAUCCUCUGGAAACUCUGGCAGAGGCAGCUGUUCAAGUGGAUGCACCAUCUUCCCAGGCUGAAGAGGAAGAGAAAAGUGAUGACAGCUCGGAAGUGCCCCUUGCCUCUUUCCUCAAAUAUCUGCCACCCUCAGAGUCAGACAGUGACUCUUCUGAGGACUCAUCCCAGAUGGAAGAAUAUGCUGCUCCACCUGUUGCAUCACCUGAGCCAGCAUACAUCCCAGAUGAGCUUGAAGACUCAGGAGAAGAGGAACCCUCAGAGGAUGAGGAGCUAGACUUGGAUGGGAAGGAUCUGUCAACCCCUUUUGAGGAAUUUUAUGCCAACUCUCACUUAAAAACUCCUACUGUGAUUGAUGAGGAUAAUUAUGGUGAUUUUACUGAGCUUACUCACUCCCUAGCUCAGAUCACUUAUCAUCAGUCCAUGGUGGAGAUGCUCCAGCUAGCUCUUUCUGAUCAAAAAGGUGGAGAACAAGCUAGUCAUGAAGUUGCAGGGACUUCUCAUCCUUUGGAUGCCAGAGGUAGAGAGCAUGGAGUUAAUGAAGAAGAACAAAGGAAUGAGGGUGAAGAAGAAGAAGAUAAGGAAAGCAGUGGGUCUAGUACUAGUGAUGGAGGAGCAGCAGCUGAUACUGAGGAGACUUUGGAUAUUCUGCUUUAA